CUGGUUAUAUACCGGAACUCAAUCACAAACGGAGGGGGGAAGGCAGCGCUCAGACGCACCCAAAUCAAGGCGAACAGGUCCAAGACUCGAUCGAUCGAGGGCCAGACGCAGGGCAGCGCAGAGAGCGAGGCCAAGUCGGCGGCAACGGGACUAACAGGGAUCCAGAAGGCUAGACGCACGGCCGUGCUAUACGCGCUCAAGCCUCAAGACGACGUAGAGGAGGACCACGAGGGCUGCGACGGGCGCGCCCAUGGCGGCAGCACACCACUCGUGCACCCAGGCACAGCCGCCCAGGACGGCGAAGAUCUGCACGGCAGCACAGCGGCGCCUUACACGUACGAAGAAUCUACACGCAGGGCAGCGGGCUGGGCGCGCCCAAGACGACGGCGCACGCCGCGCACAAGGUCACGUAGGAGAUCGCCAUGCAUAUCACGUAAGAUCUUCUUUCUACUCGUUUACAUUCAGAUGCAGGUCGGGGUGAACAGGAGAAGAUCCCGAGGGGACGCAGGUGCGGCGCCCACGCGCCCAAGAUUGCCGGCGGUGCACGCAUUACACAAUGAUGGGUUCAUCGAGGUGUACAGGACCAAGACGAAGGUCAGCGAGACGCCGCGUCCAAAGCAUGGCGUCAAGCAAUGUAUGCAUAACGAGAGUACAUGUCUCUGGACAUCAAGGACAACGGCCGGCCACGUGCUCGUCCAAGGGGGGCGCCGUACAGGGAGAUGAGUUCUUCUUUCACAAUGGUACGUAAAGAACCCUCAAUCUUCCUAUCUUCCUCAUCUAUGCAGGUGGCAUGGAGAUAAAGCAGGCAGGAGGCAUGCCGUUGUCUCUAGAGCUUAGCAGCGUGAUUUUGCGAUCAUCUUUUGACGUGGUCCUGAUUGCUGUCGCGGGCCGUGCGCCAUGUUCCGGCGCCCGCUCAGUGCGGGACAUCAUCUUCAUCAAUAAUCAGCACAUGUCCGUCCAUGCCGUUGGUGCGGUCGUGGGCGAUGUCGACAUACUGCACGCCCUAGGCAGGACGUUCUUCAUCAACAAGUGGCAUCAUCAAGGCAUGGUAGCCAUGCCCAUGUGGUGUCCACUGAGACACCGCAAUACACGGCGUCAGGCGGGUGUCUUCUCCCGCUGCCUCAAGCACAACAACACACACAAGCUCAACCUGCAAGGGCAGCAUGCACGUACAACGCAUGUUGUAAAGCAUGCGCUCUUCUUUCAUCAUGGAGGCAUGUCGUUGUCUCCGGAGCUUAGCAAUCUCAUGAUUGCCGUCCGGGCCGUGCGCCACAUUCUGGCACCUGCCCGAGCGAUGCGGGACGCCGCGUCUUCAACAACAUCCUGUCAACAUCAACAGCCAUCGUGUGCGAUGACGCGGACAUGGACGUCGUCUAUACCGUGCCCGCCCCAGGCGGAGCGCUACCUUGCUGAACAGGGCGUCGUCUCCAUCUACAAGCUAGCCGACAUCUAUUUGAACGCCGCCGCCAGUGGCGGCCCAGUUGUUGGCGAUUUCUGCAUCGUUCGUGUCAUCGGGAGGUGUCCGUCGACCCGCAGCUCUCCCCCAUUGUCAAACGACACCGCUCAUGGCGGCCUUCUAUGUGGUGUCUAUCAAUACACCGCAAUACAGGGCUCCCUGCUUACAUGUCCUUCAUCGAUCCGGCGUCGUGAUGCCGCCGCACAUGGCAGCCUUCUACUUGGUGUCCGUCGAGACACUACCAUACAGGGCGCCCGUCUUAGCGCAUCCUUCAUCGACCGCCGUCUACAUGGUGUCUGUGGAGACAUCACCAUACACGGCGCCCGCCUUGGCGCACUUUUCAACAACUUCAUGUCAUGCAUGUCACCGCUCGUGGCGACCUUCUACGUGGUGUCCGCUAAGACACCGCGAUACGGGGCGCUCGUCUUGGCGCAUCCUUCACAGGUUAGUGCUGCUCCUGGCGGCCUUCUACGUGGUGUCCGCUGAGACACCACUAUGUACACGGUGCCCGCCUUAGCACAGUCUUCACCAACUCAGCAUCAAUACGAUAUCGCUCGUGGCGGCCUUCUACGUGGUGGCCGCUGAGACACCACCAUACACGGCGCCCAUAUUGGCGCACUCUUCAUCAACUUCGAAUCAGCAUGCCGCUACUCAUGGCGGCCACCUACGCGGUGUCCGUUGAGACACCGCUACACCGCGCCCGCUUGGGCGCAUCCUUCAUUGACUCAUGGCGAGGUUUGUUGCACCUCCAACAGCAUCUACAUCAUCGUCUUCAACAUCAAGUCUACUCCCUCAUCCGCAUUGCCAAUGGCAUUCCGGUAUCCAAGCAUCUUCUCCAACACCGACUAAGCACCGACGACGCGAAUCAACUCCACCGACAUGUCCUUGUAUCGAUGAAGUACAUCACCACACCACAUGCUCUUGCUGGACACUGACGCUAUGUGACGGCAAGACAUCCUGUCCGGUCCGACGAGGUGGAGAUUUUACAGGCCGGGUACCAACGAGGCGAAGGCCACUUCAUCAACCUGUCUAGCUGACAAGGCGCGUGUCAGCUUGACACUUCAUCGUACAUCGACAAGAUAGUGUAGCACGUCAUUCGGCACCUGCACGGUCGAACGAUCGUGUCUUAGCAUCGACGGAGCGGGGUCGUACCACCCCUCUCUUCCUAUUCAUCACCACCAUCUUAUGCACCAAGCACAAGGAGAAGACAAGACUUGAAGACGACACCAUUGCAGCAGCUUAAUCGGAGGUGGUCCGCAGGCUUGACCUGCGGACGUAAUUAAGCAGGAGCUUUCCAAGGCCCGGUGAACCAAGAAACCGCAAUCGCCUAUGUCAUGUUGGCAGUGCUAGCAGGCCACACGGAGCGCAUGAUGUAUAAGGGAACUUGUAAUUUUGUUUCUCCAUGGUGAGAUUAAUAAAAUACAUGUGUUCCCUA